CUUAUACGAGUGCACACCCUCCUCGUUCGAUUCACGCCCGGGGCUGUCAGUGCUCCAGUGAGCAUUCACAAUCCAUCUCACGAGCCAUUCCUCGAAGAAGCAGGUGAGUGCACCGCUGCAUCGGACAUAGCGAAACAUUGCAACUUGCAAACGGGACUUGCAGAAGCGAAAGAAUCCGCGUGGUGUGAAUGGCUGCUUUUCACUGGCUUACAGCACAGCUGCGGGCAACAGAUCACAGGGUUCACGUUGGACCAAGGAUCCGGUAAGGGAAGGGAACAGAAAGCUUGCAACCUUGAUGCAUGAGACCAAGAGAUAGCCGGGCGAGCUCCGAUAAAUAGCUCGCUCGCGGGCCCAGCUGAACUGCCUAGGGAUAAUUUUCUGUGUCGCGUUUGCUUGCGCUGUUUGCCUUUUGUUGACUUCAAAGCAUAGGAACCAGCACGUUUGUGUAGAUACAACUCCAGGCUUUCCAACCGACACCAUCGCAGACAUCAUCAUGUCCAAAGACAUCGAGUCGCACAACCCUACUAGCGAGCUCGGAGCUUCGCCGCCUCGUCGCGCCAGCAUUUCGCAGACGGACAAAGGCCGAUGGGAGAGGCUGUGGCCGGUAAUUGCAUGUGGCGCUGGGCUUUUUAGUGAUGGAUACCUCAACAACAUUAUUGGUCCUGUCAACACUAUGCUCAAGACAAUUUACCCAGACUCUUAUAAGAAUUCGUCGGCACAGGCCAAUGUCUCGUCUAUAACUUUCGCUGGAACAGUGUUGGGCAUGCUGUUCUUUGGGUAUACAUCUGAUCACUUUUCUAGGAAAUGGUCCCUGCUAGCCUCGACCAUCAUCAUCAUUCUCUUCGCCACAUUGGGUUCUGGGGCAUACGGCGCAGGUGGCAGUCCCCGGGGAUUACUAGCUGCCUUGGUCGCCUAUCGAUUCUUUCUAGGAGUUGGCAUUGGUGGGGAGUACCCAGCUGGCAGUGUUGGCUGCGCUGAAAGUACGGGAGAGCUAAAAGAGGGAACAAGGAACAAAUGGUUCAUAUUAUUCACAAAUGUUCAGAUUGACCUAGCUUUCUUGAUAUCUGCUAUCGUCGCCACCAUAGUGGUUGUCAUUACCGGCGAAAACCAUCUCCGAGUCGCCUGGCGGGUCUGUCUUGGAAUUGGCAUCCUCCCCCCACUAUCUCUUCUCUACCUCCGAAUCAAACUCCAAGAACCUGAAGCUUUCAAGCGGGAAUCCCUAGCUCACACCAAAACCCCCUGGCUCCUCGUAAUAAAAUUCUACUGGUACCGCCUUACCAUUGUCAGCAUCAUCUGGUUCAUCUACGACUUUUCCGCCUACUCUUUCGGCAUCUACUCCACCUCCAUCUUAGCCAAUCUACUCGGGCCCAGCGCGCCGUUGUGGAAGAGUCUGGCAUGGAAUAUUUUAAUCAAUUUCUUUUACAUGCCGGGCUGUCUUGCUGGAGCUUUCGUGGCGGAUCUGCCGUCAAUGGGACCGAAGAAGACGCUUUUUAUCGGUGUAGCUCUUCAGGGUAUCAUUGGGUUCAUUAUGGCAGGAUGUUAUCCUUGGCUUAAUAAGCCGGAAAACGUAGCCGGGUUUGUAGUCGUUUAUGGUGUUUUCCUUGCGUUGGGAGAGUUUGGUCCUGGGGAUAAUAUUGGCCUUCUUGCGAGCAAGACGUCUGCGACUGGUAUUCGAGGACAAUACUAUGGCAUCGCAGCAGCCAUGGGCAAAAUCGGCGCAUUCGCAGGUUCCUAUGCCCUCGACACGAUCCAGAAAAACGCUGGAGACGACGAGAUUGCUGCCGGUAGGAAUCCAUUCUUCGUCGCUAGCUCGCUGGCAUUUCUUGCUGCAGGACUUGUGCUACUCCUGCCACAUGUGGGACAAGAUACUAUUGAUCAGGAGGAUCUGGCAUUCAGGGUGUAUUUGGAGGAUAAUGGGUAUGAUACGAGUAAGAUUGGAUUAGGGGGCGUUAGUGUGACUAAUGUUAGUGUUGAGGAUGAAAAGGUCGAGGGGAAGACUGAGGGCGCUUGAUGAGGUCUGGAUGGAUGGGCUAUGUGGAUAUAAUAAAGCGUUGCGGAAGACGCGGUAUCCGCGAGAAUGGUUCGGAUGACCUUCUCUUCUCAGCAGCACAUCAUGAGCAAGCGUACAAGCAUAAAGGACCGACUCAGGAUUGCCACGCGGGAGGGGAAACAUAACAAUUAAGCUCCCACUAAGCUCC